GUCAUCAGCUCAUACAACGAUCGACCGACGUUAGCCACUGGCAACGAUGACAACGACAACUAGAACCAGAACCACAGAAACCACAGAGACCACAUUCACGGUGCGAAGAACGAUGACCAGCCGUAGCGGAAAGUUCUCGAUGGCCACUUCCAUUCUGCUGCUCUGCGCCGCCUUGCUGCUGACAAAGUCCUGCGGCAUCCUGGCACUUAGCGGCGAUGGCAGCAGCGACAGCAACCAGCUGGGCCAGGCAGAUCCCUGGAGCGAUCCCACGACCACAACCCUUGGCCAGGAAACCGAGGGCAGUGGCGGCUGGGAGACGACCACCACAAUCCAGGAGGAAGAGACCACGGAAGCACCCACAACGCCUGAACUGGAGACAACCACGGCAGAGGAUGAGACAUCCACCGCUGGUCAGGAAACAACCACAGCCAGUCAGGAGACAUCCACAGCAGCUGUCGAGACCACCACUGCAGCUCCUCUUGAGCCAGAGACCACCACAGGAGCUCCUCUUGAGCCAGAGUCCACCACUGCAGCUCCUCUUGAGCCAGAGACCACCACAGGAGCUCCUCUUGAGCCAGAGUCCACCACAGGAGCUCCUCUUGAGCCAGAGACCACCACAGGCGCCCCAGUUGAGCCAGAGACCACUACAGGUGCCCCCGAUGAGCCAGAGACCACUACAGGUGCCCCCGAUGAGCCAGAGACCACUACAGGUGCCCCCGAUGAGCCAGAGACCACUACAGGUGCCCCCGUUGAGCCAGAGACCACCAGCAAUCAGCCCGAGAGCACCACCGCUGGUGCCGGCGAUGAGUCACCGGCAACCACCACUGAGGAGCCAGCCCUGGGCACCACUUUGACUCCUACGCCCGAGCCCGCGCCCGUGCCCACGGUACCCGUCUUCGAGUGCCAGACGGCAGGACUCUUUCCGCAUAUCGGCAAAGACUGCAGGCGCUACCACAAGUGCCUGUGGAAUCCGCUGCUGCGCCUGCUCCAAGAGCAGGAGAUAGUGUGCCCUCCGCUGACUGCGUUCUCGCCCACGCUGCGCCGCUGUGUGCGCGACGUGUCCGUGUGCAAGGACGACGAAUUCGAGUGCCUGGCCGUGGGACGCUACGCGGGCCACGACGACACCUACUACUACAGCUGCAUGGCCAGCCUGCAGGGCGGUCUCCACAAGUUCAUUGUGCGCUGCUCCAGCGGCCAGCGGUUCGAGCCAUUGAUUGGCGGAUGCUGGCGGUAUGACUGGACCCAGAUUGUGCCCGGACAGGAGGCGCUGGAGGUGAGCGACCUGGCGGCCAUCAAGCGGGAGCUGAAGCUUUACAAGGCGGAGGAGAAGCUGCGUCUGAAGGCCCUGAAGGAGCAGGAAAAGCUGGCCCGCAAGCAGCAGAAGCUGGAGGAGCAGGCGGCCAAGAAGGCGGCCAAAGAGCUGGCCAAACAGCAGGCCAAGGCCGAAAAGGAGGCCGCCAAGGCCGCCAAGGAGCAGGCCAAGGCCGACAAGGAGGCCAACAAGGGCCCGUCCAUCGAGAGCACCGAGUCCGACGAGGAGCCCAGAGGCCUUUUCUGAGACGUCUGAGAGAUAAGCCCCCCCGCCAGGAGGAGCUACUCCUCCACUACGUUGGUCCAUUGCCCUUUUCUUAUGAUAUCUGCUAUAAUUCUGCUGCCAAUUUUUGUGUCUUUUUUUUUGUAAUAUAUGGUAUUAAUAAAGUUCUGGAAACUAGA